CACCUGUAUGUUCCUGUUUCUUUGUGUCUGCAGUGCGCAAAUGGCCACAUCACAUGCUUAAAGUGUUGCGCCGAUCUGAAGCAACGUAGUUGCGGCUUGUGUGCCUCGGAGCGCACCGGCUGCCACGUCUGGGGGCGCAUCCUCGGCGGCCUGACCAUGCCGUGCUCGUUCAAGGAGCACGGGUGCACCGAGACGAUCCCGUUCACGGAGAAGCUAGCCCAUGAAGAGUCCUGCCUCCAUGCCCCAUGCCACUGUCCCAUCGCUGGCUCCCGCCCCUACCGUGGACGGUCCCUGCGCGACCACAUCAACAUGGAGCACGCUACAAUCCAGUACACCCGUGUCACAGCCAGCAGCCUCUCCCCCCUGAGCAUGCGCAACGACGAGCCAGCCCGCCUGGUGUCCCUCGGCAGCAGGGCGGUGUUUCUCCUUGUGGUCGACCGCAGCAUCCCAUCGGGGCGUGCACUGUCGGUGAUCCACCUCGUGAGUGACCCGAUAGAAAAGGAGGAUUUCAAGUACAAGAUCGAAGUGCAUACGCGGAUUGGCAUUCUCUCUGUGUCCGGCAGCAAGACACCGAGCGUCGGGCGGCUGACGACGACGUACCAGGCGGGUGCGUCGCUGCUCGUCUCGGACAUUGUGUGGUCUCCCCAGGAUUCUCCCGUGUACCUCGAGCUGAAAUGAAUCUAGAGAAGGAAGCUGGGACCACAUGUUUUCCCGUUUCUGAGAGGCACAGAGGAAACAAACCUGUGCCUCCACGAGAAAUAAAUAUGUUCCUCUCGUAGAAGCAAAUCCGUGUCUCUUGCGAAAGCCAAAAAAAAUGUUUUUUUCCUUUUCGAGUGGCACAAUUGUGUCUCUUGCAGAAGCAACUUGUGCCUCUCGCGGAAGCAGAAAUACCCUUUUUUCAGCACAAAAGGUUUUUGUUCGGAAAUUUUCUUUUUGUCCAAAACCUAGGAAAAAUUGGGCAAAACAAAAAAAAAUCUAAA